UCUCUGAAAUUAAUACAAAUACAUUAACAAAACAAAACAAAAAAACCUAUUGAAUGGAGAAACAUGGAGGCUCCCAUGUUAACUGGGAGGCUGUACUCCUUUCUAUUCCAGAGCCUCCACCUUAUGCUCACCAUCGCCAUGGAGGCCCUGUUCUUCCAGUUUGCUUUUGAUCAAGGCAGGAACGUGAUCUACAAACACAUCAACCAAGGGAAUCUGUGGAAACACAUCAAGCACAAGUAUGAGAACUAG